AUGAAAGAAGUAGAUAAUCUUGAUACUAUAAAAGAAGAGUGGGUUUGUGAAACAGGAUCUAACAACCCACCUGUUAGUGAUACUCGACAAUGGAAUUGUGAAUAUUUUGUUGAUAGCCUUUUUGAAGAUGCUCAGAAGGUUGCUGCCAAAUGCUUGUCACCUACUGAAAAGAAGAAGCAGGCAGAUGUAAGUAUAAAAUUAUGGAAAAAUGGAUUCACAGUCAAUGAUGACUUCAGAAGUUAUUCUGAUGGUGCAAGCCAGCAGUUUCUGAACUCCAUCAAAAAGGGGGAAUUACCUUUAGAAUUACAAGGGAUAUAUGAUAAAGAGGAAGUGGAUGUUAAAGUUGAAGAUAAGAAAAAUGAAGUUUGUAUGUCAACCAAGCCUGUAUUCCAGCCCUUCUCGGGAGUGGGUCACAGAUUGGGAAGUGCCACACCAAAAAUUGUUUCUAAAAUAAAGAGUAUUGGGGUUGAGAAUAAAAACAACCUGUGUACUGUCCCGUUAAACAAUCUGGAACCAGUCACUAAUGUACAGAUCUGGUUUGCCAAUGGGAAAAGGAUUAUCCAGAAAUUUAACAUUUCUCACAGGGUGAGCCACGUCAAAGAUUUCAUCGAAAGAUACCAAGGAUCUCAAAGAAGUCCUCCUUUUUCUCUGGCAACAGCACUUCCCUUCCUCAGAUUGUUAGAUGAGACACUCACUCUGGAAGAAGCGCAUUUACAGAACGCUGUGAUCAUUCAAAGACUCAAAAAAACAGCUGAGCCUUUUAGAGAACUUUCAUAG